GAGCGGCGGCGCCGGCGGCGCGGGAGCCAAUAGGAGACAGGCGGGGUCCCGGGCCUGGGAAGAAGCGGCGGCCCGGAGGGGGCUCCCGGGACCAUGGGGCUGCUGACCAUCCUGAAGAAGAUGAAGCAGAAGGAGCGGGAGCUGCGGCUGCUCAUGCUGGGCCUGGACAACGCCGGCAAGACCACCAUCCUCAAGAAGUUCAACGGGGAGGACAUCGACACCAUCUCCCCGACGCUGGGCUUCAACAUCAAGACGCUGGAGCACCGAGGGUUCAAGCUGAACAUCUGGGAUGUGGGCGGCCAGAAGUCGCUGCGCUCCUACUGGCGGAACUACUUCGAGAGCACGGACGGGCUCAUCUGGGUGGUGGACAGCGCUGACCGCCAGCGCCUGGAGGACUGCCGGCGGGAGCUGCAGAGUCUGCUGGUGGAGGAGCGCCUGGCCGGGGCCACCCUCCUCAUCUUCGCCAAUAAGCAGGACCUGCCUGGAGCGCUGUCCUCCAACGCCAUCCGGGAGGCCCUGGAGCUGGACACCAUCCGCAGCCACCACUGGUGCAUCCAGGGCUGCAGCGCCUUCACGGGGGAGAACCUGCUGCCCGGCAUCGACUGGCUCCUGGACGACAUCUCCAGCCGCGUCUUCACCGCGGACUGAGCUGCUCCCCGAGCCCUGGGCCCCCAGGUCCUCGCCAGGCUCCGUGGGGGGACAGUCCACCAGUCCACUAACACUCCCCGCCCCGCUCCAUAACCUGCUGCUGCUGCUACUCCCGCCCGCCGCUCCAGGGUUAGGAGGGCUGUGCCCCUGUUACCCUGGGGCUCCACACCAGGGUGCCUGGGCUGGGGCUGGGAGGGGGCUGCCUUUGCUGCUACCCAGGCUGUGACAGGGCCUUGACCCCUUGCUCAGCUGUGAGAAUAAACCCUUCCUUGCCCCAACCCCUGGCAGAGUCAUUUAUGAGUCCACAGCUUUGAGACCAGCUGGAAGCCAUGAUGGGGGGGGGGGACUGGACACAGGACAGUGUCGGGCAGAGGGUGCCUCAGAGGCAGGUGGGGGAGUGACAGAAUACGACUGCCAGUCAUUCAUGUGGCAGCAUCCAGGCGGCCUUCCCAGAAGAGGCGAUACCUAGGUGGGCUAAGUGGUUACUGCGCUCAGGGACGGAUCCAGAACUGGCCUGGUCGCUUGUGGGAUGGAACAAGGGCUGAGGCUUUGCAGCCGGGAAUCAUGUGCAGUGGACAACCUGGGCAACCGUACUAGGUAGCUUGGUGCCAGCAGAGGGAAUCACCGGACGGAGGCAUUAGAAGCAGGGAAACGGGACCGGGCUGACUCAGGCGCAGGAGGGCAUGGGCAGAGCCCUAGGGAACCUCAGUGACCCCACCUUCCCCCAGAGGGCAGGCCAGCGGGUGUCCUCCUGGUCCCCCUCUUCCCCCCUGCUCCUUCCAGGACUGCUUGCUCACUGCUCACAGUACCCCCCCCCCCCCCCCAGCAACGAAUGGUUCCUCUCUCCUAAAAAUAAAUGAGUGAAUAUUGUCUUAAA